GCAAAGCCAAUUAUUUUAAUUAGGAAGUGGAAUGUAAUUCGAUUACUUACAAUUUGUUCGAUGCUCACAAUAGUUACGAAUUUCCCGAGUGGAUUUGCGAAUUCUUCAAUGAAUACUGCAGUUGAGGAGUUGAAAAAUUUUAUCAAUAAUAGUUAUGAAAUAAGGAAAUGGCCAUUAAAAGAAAGUAUACAAUUGGCUAUUCGAUCAACGAUUUUGAAUUGUUGGUAUAUUUUUCAAAUUUUUGGUGCUCUUAUUGCACCUACAAUUACGGAACGCUAUGGACGUAAAAUUGCUUAUACGAUAUCAACUUUAGCAAUGCUAUGCGCAUCUAUGAUCCAGUAUAUCGCAACAAUAACUAAACUUCCCGAACUUUUAAUUAUCGGUCGAUCUCUAUGUGCAUUUUUCUCUCCCUUAAGUGAUAUCGCUCUAAUACUUUAUCUUCAGGAAUGUUCACUUUUAAAUCUACGAGGUACAGCUGGUUUUUUCGCAGAAAUUGGUUAUUCUUCAAUGAGUUUACUCGGCUCAUUUCUCGGAUUGCGUUCAGUGCUUGGCGCUUCUCUCUCAAAACUUCUUGCUGCUUCGAUUUUACCAAAUAUUUUAUUUGUUUUAUUUAUAUUAACAAUUCCUGAAACACCAAAAUAUUUAAUGAACGUAAAAAAUGAUUAUGAAAAUGCAAUGAAAUCUGUUGAAUUUUUCUAUGGCAAAAAUGAUGAAAAUGCAAAAAAUAUUUUAAAUGAACUAAUUGAUACUAAUGAAAAUAAAAAAAAUGAAAAAGAAGAGAAAGGCAAUUUCAAGGAAAUUUUUACCACAUGGAAUCUAAGGCAAGCGGUAAUAUUGGCAACAAUGGUUUCUAUUCUUGUUAUGCCGAUUUAUCCUAUUUUGCAAUCCUCAACAUAUUUUUUUGAAGAAAUCAACGUUCCCGAAAUAUCAUCGACGACUAUAAUGGUGAUUCUUCUUGUAGCUUCCAUAAUAGGAGUUUCUCUAAUUGACCGAUUCUCAAGGCGCUCAGUAAUUCUUAUUUCUGGAGCUGUAUCCCAUAUUUUUCUUCUAUUCUUUGUUAUCUCAUUGUCAUUAGUUCAUAUGCUUGAUUGGGGAAAAUAUGUAAGUAUUCUUUGUCUUGCUGGUUGCUGCUUCUCAUCAGGAGUAGCGGUUGGACCCACUUUUUGGUUCAUAGGUCCAGAGCUUACACCUCAAGUUCAUCGAUCUGGAGUUCUUUGUACUCAAUUUUUAAUUAACAACUUGAUGACCGUCAUAACUAAUUUUUCAGCAGUUUGGUUAUUCCAGUUUACUGGUGGCUAUAUUUUUAUUCCAGUUUUUACAUUUCCGGCGAUAUUUGCCCUAAUUUAUAUUUAUUUAUAUUUGCCGGAAACAAAAGGACGUGAAAUAUCAAAUAUUAUCAAAUCGAUGCAUGCAAAACGAUUAAAGGCAAACGAAAUUAUCGAGUCGUUGUAUGUGGUAACCGGAUAA